AUGGCCGCCACUAGAAAAAAGUUUGUUGUAGUGGGUGAUGGUGCAUGUGGGAAGACAUGCUUGCUGAUUGUAUUUAGCCAAGACCAGUUCUCUGAAGUUUUUGUGCCCGUGUUGUUUGGAAAUUAUGCGGCAGAUAUUGAAGUGGAUGGAAAACAGGUGGAGUUGGCUCUGUGGGACACAGCUGGUCAAGAAGAUUAUGACCGCCUCAGACCUCAAUACUAUCCAGAUACAGAUGCUAUACUUAUGUGCUCUUCCAUAGAUAACCGUGACAGUGUAGCAAACAUCCAAGUGAGGUGGACCCCGGAGGUGAAACAUUUCUGUCCCAAUGUGCCCAUCAUCCUGGUUGGGAACAAGACGUAUCUUCGAAAUGAUGAGCACACGAGACGAGAGAAGAAGCCAGUGAAACCUGAAGAAGGCAGAGAUGUGGCAAAUCGGAUUGGUGCGUUUGGUUAUAUGGAGUGCUCAGCAAAGACCAAAGACGGUGUGAAGGAGGUCUUUGAAAUGGCCACAAGAGCAGCUUGGCACGUGGAGUUGGCUCUGUGGGACACAGCUGGUCAAGAAGAUUAUGACCGCCUUAGACCUCAAUACUAUCCAGAUACAGAUGCUAUACUUAUGUGCUUUUCCAUCGAUAACCGUGACAGUUUAGCAAACAUCCAAGAGAGGUGGAACCCAGAGGUGAAGCAUUUCUGUCCCAAUGUGCCCAUCAUCCUGGUUGGGAACAAGAAGGAUCUUCAAAAUGAUGAGCACACGAGACAAGAGAAGAAGCCAGUGAAACCUGAAGAAGGCAGAGAUGUGGCAAAUCAGAUUGGUGCGUUUGGUUAUAUGGAGUGCUCAGCAAAGACCAAAGACGGUGUGAAGGAGGUCUUUGAUAUGGCCACAAGAGCAGCUUGGCAUGGCAGACUUGGAAAGAAAAAAUCCAGGUGCCUUGUCUUGUAA